GUGGACGACGUGUACCUGGAUGAGGUCGCGAACUUACGCGGUAGGUCGGGCCUUGUCGGGUACUCCGGCGCUCGACGAGAACGAAUCCCACGUUCUAUUCUUCGUUCGUAGCUCAUUUCGAGGUGGAGAUCGACGUCGCCGAGCUUUUGCAUCGCACGCAUUAUCCUUCUUACGCUUGGGCUGAUACGAUGCAGUCUGUCAAAGAGAAACAGGAGGUGUACGAGGUUGCUGCGGCCAUGCAGUUUGCCCAUGAGCAGACCGAUGCGAUGCAGUCCGUCCAAGAGGACUGCGAUGCAUGGUCUGUGGAGGCGGAAGCUGGUGGCAUGCAGGCUCUGGAGAAGGGAGCUGAUCAAGAGAUCAAGUGUGACGAAGAGGGUGCACCGUCGAAGCAGCCCUGGGUAGAGGUAGAGGACGAGGAACAUAUUUCAAUCAAGUGCGGGGAGGAAGUGGUGGCUGACGAGGUCGAGGACGAGGAACAUAUUUCAAUUAAGUGCGGGGAGGAAGUGGUGGCCGAGGUCGAGGAUGAGGAACAUAUUUCAAUUAAGUGCGGGGAGGAAGUGGUGGCCGAGUUCGAGGACGACGAACAUAUUUCAAUAAAGUGCGGAGAGAAAGUGGUGGCCGACGAGGUCGAGGACGAAGAACAUAUUUCAAUUAAGUGCGGGGAGGAAGUGGUGGCCGUCCCGGAGCCGAAGAUCCAUUGGAUUGAGAAUCUCGAGUUCCGGGAGUAUUUUGCUGCUCUGGAGUCGUGUCAAGUCACGAAGCUCCAAAUUAUCCAUGAGUCGAUAACAAAAGGGCCUCAUUUGGCGCUCUGGAUUCGUAGCCAGCAAGCUGAGGAGAUCGAGGUGACGAUCUUCGGGACAGCUAGCGAUACCAUAUACGUAGAAGUCGACGGGCGUACAUUCGGGGACUUGGACAAAUUCUCAUACUGGCUGCAAACCUCGGGGGCAAUUUUUCCCUUGGAGGUCGCUUUGUUCGACGCCAUGGAGGUGAGAGGAUUUUUGGAUCGGGUUCGUGAUCGACACAUGUGGGCUGCAAGAGUUCAGCUGCAGCUACGGCGCCAGGAUAGUGUCAUUACUAUCGGGGACUUUGUGUCCUCCACCGCUCAUGGUUCAUGGCCCGGAGAAAUUUUGUACAAAUCUGGUUAUAUUGACGAAAAAAACCCGCUCCCCGCUUUCUGAUUGUCCUGAGAGGUUACACGAUCAUUGGGACCGUGACAACGCUUGGCCAUCGAACUCAUACAUGUUCAUGGUGUACGUUCGAUCUCAUGGUUUAGUCGAGGAAAGUGAAAGCCUUUCGGUGAUGCACAUGCUCAUAAUCAGUUCCUCAGUCAGAAUCUCAAGUUGCAUGACGGGCAUGUAGUGAAAUUGCGUUAUGUAAACAUGACUACGAGCAAGGGUGAGUCCACUUUGUAACCUCAUCCGAGGAGCCAACGCUGUACAUCAAGUACUUUUUACGUUUUGUUUUUCUCCGUCAUAUUACCGAA